AUGGCGAUUCCUUCUACGCAGAUUGCAGCCGUCAUUCCACCGACCGGGGCAUCUGCAAAGUCUGGGGUCAAUAUAAUCAACACUCAUCCGGUCCCUACCCCAGGCGAUGGAGAUCUGCUAGUGAAACUUGAAUUCUCCGGCGUGUGCCAUACAGACAUUCACAGUAUCCGAGGAGAUACGCCAAUGUUGACAGAUGUGGCUGGCCACGAAGGUGUCGGAACUGUAGUUUCAGUUGGGCCCCGAGUUGAUGAAGGCCAGUGGGUCGGUCAGAGAGUCGGUAUUAGGUGGCUUUACAGUUCGUGCCUUAACUGUGAGAUAUGCGCGAUCAAUCAUACCGCAUGUCCGAGUCAGAAAAAUGCCGGUGCCAAUGUUCCUGGAACAUUUCAGCAGUAUAUCGUCAGCCCGGCACUCCAUGUCACAAAAAUACCCUCGGAGAUUUCUCCCGAGCUAGCAGCGCCGCUUCUAUGCGCUGGAAUUGCCAUGUAUUCUUCAAUCAUGAAAACAAAGCCUCGCCCAGGCGAUUGGAUCGCUAUUCUUGGUGCUGGAGGUGGUCUCGGGCAUAUGGGUGUACAAAUAGCUGCGAAGAAAGGUCUGAAUGUUCUCGCUAUUGACAAGGGCGCAAAGAAGAGAGAAUUAUGUCUAUCGCUAGGAGCUAAGCACUUCCUUGACUUUAGUGACGUUGACAUUGUUGACGAAGUCAAGAAUCUUACCUCCGGACUAGGUGCUCAUGGUGUAAUCUGUACGGCAAACGGCGCACGAGCAUAUGAGCAAAGCUUGCAAAUGCUGCGUCCACUCGGAACACUAGUAUGUGUUGGCAUUCCGAGUGUCCCAUUUAAUCUGCCGGCUACUCCACUGGACAUGAUCAUCAAAGGUCUGACUAUUGUGGGGAACUCGGCUGGCACUGCAAGUGAGAUGGAGGAGCUUUUGACUAUGGCUAUGGCAGGAGAUGUGAAAGCGCAUAUCCAAGUCUUUGAUUUGGAUGAGAUUCAUGAUGUUUUGGAACGACUCGAGAAAUCGGAAAUUGAAGGCAGGGUGGUAUUGAAGAUUCCUUGA